AUGUCCGAGGGUGCGGCGACGGCGGUGGCCGGUCGCACGCCCCCGGCGACCCCGGGCGGUGAACAAGCGCGCAGGCCGAAGCAAUGGUUCAACCACGCGCGCGAGUACCUGGAGGAUCCCGCGCGGGCGAUCGGCGCCGCGUUCGAGCUCGCCAGGUGGGAGCGCGACGAGAAGCGCGCGGAGAUCUUGAAGCGCGUUAAGGACGCCGCCGACUCGGGGGCGUGGAUCGAGGCGGAGGAGGACGAGCCCGAGACGACCGCGGCACGGGCAUCUCGCGGCGCAUCGGCCACCACACGCCCGGGUCCGGCGACCGGCGACCUGACCCCGGCGCAGGCGGCUCAGCUCAGGGCUCAGGUGGCCGCGUUCGGGCGGCUCGCGCGCGGGCUCACCGUGCCCGCCGGGCUGAUGACGGCCGCCGCCGCGGGCGACCCGAGGAAACCCACCGCAGCGCAGAUCUCGGCGGCGUUUCCCACCGAAAACGAAAAAGCGGAUGACGACGACGACGAAGACGAUCCGGAGACCCGGAGGAACGAACGGCGGCGCCUGCUCGACGCCAAGAUCUCCGCGCGCGCCGCCGCCAUCGACGCCCUUCCGGAUACCCUCCCGGACGAGAUCCGCCUCCCCGUCGUCAUCGAGGGCAAGGCGCUUCGACUCGUCGACCUCCAACGAAGGGUCCGGUACAAGAUCGCGAAUGAGGCUCGCGUCGCGGACGCGUGUCGCGACCCGGAUGCGCUGCUGGACACGCGACCCGCGCGCAUGCCCGCGGACCCGAACACUUACGUCGCCAGCAUCUCGCGCCACGCCGCCGCGCGCAUGCAGCAGAUGCACUCGCGCAUGCGGAUGGACGCCGAGCUCAAGCGCCAGCGAGAGUUGCACGCGCGGAUGGUCAUCGCGCGGCAACGCGAGGAGAAGAAGCGGAUGGAGGCUGAACGCAGGGCGCAGGUGGAGGCGUCGCGGAAGCAGCGGCUGGCGAUGGCGGUGGCGAGGAAGAUGGAGAUCGAGGCGCGGGUGACGGUGGUGAGGGAGCGAAGGGUGUGGCUCGCGCAGAUGUUUGCGCACGCGAAGUUGCUCGACAAGGCUGAGAAGGAUUCAAAGCUGCGGCUGCGAAAACGAAACAACGGGGUUCUCUCCUACCACAGGAAGCAACAGAACGCCGAGGCUAGGGAGGAGCGCGCGAGGAUCGAUGCCCUGAAGGCCGGCGACGAGGAGGCGUACCUGCGACUCGUGCAGGACAGCAAGGAUCAGCGAAUUGAGGAGCUUCUAAGCACCACCGACGACUUGCUGAAGCACCUGGCGGAGAAGAUCGAAGCCACCAAGGCGGCAGCGCGGCGCGCCAUGGAGGAUCCCGACGUCUUGGACCCCGACGCUCCGCCCGAUGCCGACGCCGACGACAAAGCAAACGACGCGCCAAACGGGAAGAAGGAAAAGUACAGCGCCAUCCGCCAGUUUACCACACUCGCGCACAGCGCCGACGUGGAGGAGAUUGACGUGCAGCCGUCGAUUUUAGUGGGUCCCAACGGUAAGGGAACCAUGCGGUCGUACCAGCUCGCGGGGUUGCAGUGGAUGGUGUCGCUGUACAACAACCAGCUCAACGGCAUCCUCGCCGACGAGAUGGGUUUGGGAAAGACCAUCCAGUGCAUCUCGCUUCUCGCGUACCUCGCCGAGAAUAAGGGAGUAAAGGGGCCUCAUCUCAUCUUAGCGCCCAAGGCGGUGCUGCCGAACUGGGCUCGAGAGUUCAAGGUCUGGUUCCCCGACUGCGACGUGGUGAUGUACGAUGGAUACAAAGACGCAAGGAGGGAGAUGCGUGAGAAGGUAGUGAACGAGGGCGCCUUCAACGUCUUACUGACCCACUACGACCUGGCCAUGUACGACAAGACGUGGCUGAGCAAGAUUGAGUGGAACUACAUCGUGGUCGACGAGGGGCACAGGCUCAAGAACCACCAGUCGAAGCUUAGCGGCGUGCUUCAGGCGGCGUACACCGCCUCCCACCGACUGCUGCUGACGGGCACUCCGAUCCAGAACAACCUCACGGAGCUAUGGUCGCUCCUCAACUUUCUGCUCCCCUCGGUGUUCAACUCGACAGACGCCUUCGAGGCUUGGUUCAACGCCCCUUUCGCCGCAAACAAAGAGGACGUGGUCCUGAAAGAGGAGGAGGAGCUACUGAUCAUCCAGCGUCUGCACCAGGUUCUCAGGCCAUUCUUGCUGCGACGUAAGAAGAACGAGGUGGAGAAGGAGCUGCCCGAGAAGGAGGAAGAGACGAUCAAAUGCGCCAUGUCUGCGUGGCAAAAGGCGUACUACCGCCAGGUGGUUAAGGGCACCGUGACCAACACGGAGGGCAAGGUUCGCGUUCUACAGAACACCGCGAUGCAGCUACGCAAAGUUUGCAACCACCCGUAUCUUUUCCUGUCCGAUGACCUGUUUUAUCAGCCGUCGGGCCCCGAGGAGAUCCUGCGGGCGUCCGGCAAGUUCGAGAUCUUGGACCGGAUUUUGCCAAAGCUGAAGAGAUCGGGGCACCGCGUCCUGCUCUUCAGCCAGAUGGUCAAGUGCCUCGACAUCAUCGGCGACUACCUCGACUGGCGUAAGUACACCUACCUGCGUCUGGAUGGCUCCACAGGCACUGACGCGAGGGCUGAUCUCCUCGAUAAGUUCAACGCCCCGGACUCCCCUUACUUCCUCUUCAUGCUCUCCACCCGGGCGGGCGGCAUGGGUCUCAACCUGCAGACGGCGGACACGGUGAUCAUCUUCGAUUCCGACUGGAACCCUCAGAUGGAUGCCCAGGCGGAGGACCGCGCGCAUCGCAUCGGCCAGAAGCGAAGAGUCAAGAUUCUCACCAUGGUAUGCGACGGCACGAUCGAGGAGGACAUCCUGCGCAAAGCCAACGAGAAGCGCGCCAUCGACCACAAGGCUAUCCAAGCCGGGAUGUUCAACCAGCGGUCAACCGCGGAGGAGAGAAACUCGGUCCUGAAGGAGAUUCUCGCGAGAGACGACGACAGGCUUGGGAGUAACCUGCCCACCGACGAGGAGAUCAACAUCAUGAUCGCCAGGAGCGACGAGGAGGUGGAGCUCUUCGAGGAGAUGGACAGAGAACGAGAGCGCGCCGACAGCAAAAAGCACCCGGGCCGAUCGCGCCUGAUGGAGUACCACGAGAUUCCCAAGGAGGUUCGCGACCGGGACGUCGCGUCCGUCGAGAUCAAACCGGGAGCCAGGAGCGAAAAAGUCGUCAGCACCAAGCGACUGAAGGUGCAGGACAUGGUCGAGAACGUCCUGAGCUCGGAGGACGACGGCGAGGGCGGCAGGAGACGACGACGGAGGUCCGCCGCGAGGGAGCCCAAGCGGUACGACGACGGCUUGACCGAGACUGCUUUCCUGAGGGUGCUUCAGAAGGGGGGCGGCGCGAGGGACAUUGCCGCGGCGAGCGAGCGUAAGCUGGCGCUGCGCGAACGGAAGCGCGGGCGCGGCAGGAGCGCGACGCCCGCGGUGGAGGGCGAGGAUGGGGGAGGCGAUGACGGCGGUGACUUGGGCGGCGACGAGCGCUCGGCGAAGCGGUUCGCGACGACCGGCGGCGGCGGCGGCGGCGGGAGAGGGGGAGGGGGACGACGAGGCCGGCCGGGGAGGAAGAAGCGGAAGGGACGGCCCAAGGGUGCGAAGAUAAUCAACGGCCGCGUGGUCGUUCCCGGUGACCCAGACUACCCGGUGGAGGAGGCGGAGGCGACACCCGCUGGCGAGGCGCCGCCGCCGGAGCCCGAGCCGGCGCCCGAGCCGGAGGACAGCUGGGGCGAGCCGGCGGAUGACGGGUGGAUCAACGAUAUAUUCUGA